AUGACCCAUUGUGAUGAGACUGAUUUCGUGGCAUACGGUACCGGUCAGUUAAGAGGCCAAGCCAAGGGUUGGUGGGAUAAUCUGAAGAAGGAACAAGGGAUUGAGGCCACGAGAACGAUGACGUGGGAAGAAUUCAAAACACCGUUCCUUAGACACCAUAGUCCGAAAGCUGUAAUUAAUAGGAUUAAAGAAGAGUUUAUACAGCUAAGGCAUAGUGGUGAGUCGAUAGAGAAGAUUACGGGAAUCUUUCUCGAUAAGCUCAGGUUUUGUGAUGAGGUGGUUCAGACUGAAGAACCGAAAAUAUAUUAUUACUACAACAUGCUAAGCGCGGAGUAUCGGGAGUUUAUGACUCCUUCAAAAUACUGGCAUCUUACAGAGAUAGUGAAUGUCGUACGUGAAAGGGAAAUUGAGCUGAAAAAGCAGAUUGAAAGGAGUGAGCGAAGGGUGUUUGAUAAAAACCCAAUCCCCGCAAAGAAACAAAAGCUGAAUGAAGCUCCGAAGAAAGGAGUUGAAAAGGGGGGGAUACCUCCAUGCAAAAUUUGUGGAAAGAAUCACAAGGGCGAAUGCUAUUUUAAAAACAAACCAUGUCCUACUUGCGGUAAAGUGGGACAUGUGGUUGCGAAUUGCCCAGGAAAGGUGUCGGUAUGCUAUAAAUGUUAUAAAUCGGGACACAAAAAGUCUGAGUGCCCGGAGUUAGUUGGAACCAAAGACACCACUGAUGUAAAGCCUGAUGCCUAG